AAAAGGGCAUUUCUAAAGGCAUCUCCAAAAUUUGCUUUAUAUAUUUAUUUAUAUUUCCAAAAGAACAACAAAAUGGUUUCAGAAAACCAGCUUCAAAGCCCAGUUAUUGGCAAGAAAUUAUCGUCCGUAGUGCCUGCCAAAAACAGAGGAGAAAACGAGGUUCAUGAACUGACAGAAAUGGACUUGGCGAUGAAGUUGCAUUACAUUAGAGGGUUAUAUUUCUUUGAGAGAAAUGCAGUUCAGGGUGUUUCGGUGAAAGAUUUGAAGGACGCCCUGUUCCCAUUGCUAGACAAUUACUUCACCACUGCGGGCAGAAUUCGGAGAUCCGAAACCGGCAGGCCGAUGACCAAGUGUAACGAUGCCGGUGUGAGAACUGUGGAAGCUUAUUGUGAGAAGACCAUUGAUGAAUGGUUGGCUACAAAGGGAGGCAGUUGUUUUUCUGAUGGUCUUUGCUAUAAUCAAGUCCUUGGUCCUGAUCUUUAUUUCUCUCCUCUUGUUUUCUUGCAGUUCACAUGGUUCAAGUGCGGAGGAUUGGCCGUGGGGCUCAGCUGGGCACACAUUCUUGGAGAUCCAUUUUCUGCUUCCAUCUUCAUCAACACAUGGGGCGAGAUCAUGGCUGAUCGCUUUCCACAAAUGAGCAUCCGCUAUGUGUCAAAAUCUCAGAAAUCCAAACUAUUAAAUUCAUUAAUUGUCAAAAAACCUUUUUCUAUGAAACAGAUCGACCCAGUCGGGGACCACUGGUUAAUUGCCAACUACUGCAAAAUGGAAACUCGUUCUUUCCAAAUCACAGGAAAAGAUCUCGACCGUCUCAUUUCAACCAUUUGUUAUGGUAACCAAACAACUCGGGCCUCACAUUUUGAUAUUCUCACUGCCAUAAUAUGGAAAUCCCUAUACAGGAUAAGGGAAAACUUGGGACCAACAAGAGUCACCAUUUGUACAAGUAAUAAGGAUGCCCAUAAGAGGGAAAAGGAAAUUCCAAACAAUGGAAUGAUGUUUAGCACUGUUGAAGCAGAUUUCUUGAAAGGAGUAGAAGUUGAUGUGUUGGAGUUGGCCAUUAUGAUUUCUGAGAAAAGGGUGGAUGAAAAUGAGAGGAUUGAAGAAAUGGCGGGGAGGGAAAAUGGAAAAUUGGACUUCAUUGUAUAUGGGGCAAAUUUAACAUUUGUGAAUUUGGAAGAGGCAGACAUUUAUGAGGUGGAAAUGAAGGGGAAAAAGCCAGUUUUUGCAAGUUAUAGCAUAGAAGGGAUUGGGGAUGAGGGAGUUGUUUUGGUGCUUCAGGGGCCAAAAUAUGGUGAAGAGGAAGGUUGCUGUGGAAGAACAAUUACUAUGGUUCUGCCCCAACAUGAACUUUCACUUAUUGAAAAUGAGCUCGGAACAUAUUGGAGUAGUAUUGGGCAAGACGCUAUGUAGGAGUCCAAGUUCGUUUUUUAACUAUAAUAAAUGCUACUUGCCAUCUGGUUUCUAAACUUUUCUUUGUUGGCAAAUUUAUUUUAAUACUCAAUAAUCAACGCAUGGUUCAUCUUUCUUUUAAA